UGUCCACAGUCAGCAGCAUCUGGAAUCGGUGCGAACCGGAACACUUCUGCAAUUAUUAAUGCAUUUUAUAUGAAAACUGAGUUUUAGUGAGUAAAAUGACAAGUUCUCGCUGCUGAAAGAUAUACAGAGGGGUUAAAACUUUUUCUGCGCGCUUAGUGGAGGAAAACUCUGAACUGGAGCUGGAAUAUUUUGGGAAUAUUUGGAAAUUUUGCACCUUUAAUACAAAGGAAAACCUUUUUUCCUGCAGUAAUCAUAAACAACGAAGAACAAGCAACAGGUUACCUCAGGAGCUCUCCACGCCGAUUCUGCAGGGACAUUAUGGGAGUACUGGAGUAAUUUCCUCCUCGGGUCGGACGGGGGUUUGCUGUUUUUUUCCCACACAGAGCAGAGCUGAUCUGAGGGCAGACGGGAGCUAAAUGCGGCUGACUGGAAGCGACCCUGCGCCGGGAACCAUGAACAGCAACAGCGGGUCUGGCAACUUUCUGCUGGUUCCCAUACCGGAGUAUCCCCUGCUGGACUGUGUACCCAACAAGACGGUGAAGAUUGUGGUGCUGGGGGCGAGCAACGUCGGCAAAACCGCUCUGAUUGUCAGGUUUCUCACUAAAAGGUUCAUCGGGGAUUAUGAAGCAAACACUGGAGCGCUCUACUCCAGAAAGGUCACACUGGAUGGGGAGGAAGUGUCGCUUCAGAUCCAAGAUACUCCCUGUGUCGCUCUCCAGGAUGACGCUGAAGGCCUGUACUGCCAGGAGCAGAUCAACAGGUCAAUCUACUGGGCAGAUGGUUACGUGCUGGUUUUCUCCAUCACCGACCACAACAGCUACCGCACCAUCCAGCCGCUGUACCAACACGUCCGACGCAUACACCCCUCUGGAAAUAUUCCUGUUAUACUGGUUGGCAACAAGAGCGACUUGCUCAGAGCCCGACAGGUGCCUGCAGACGAGGGCGAGACGCUAGCAGCUUCACUAGGAGGAGUUUACUUUGAGGCCUCGGCCAGAGAGAACCACGAGGGAGUCCACACCGCCUUCCUACAUCUCUGUCAGGAGGUGAUCCGAGCACUGGGAGGAGGAAACGGGGAGAAACGAAGAGGAGGCCUCCAUCUGGCCAGACCCAAAUCUCCCAACAUGCAGGAGCUGAAGAGGAGGUUUAGGCAGGUCCUCUCCUCCAAAGUCAAGUCAUCCACAACUCUGUGAUCACAGGAUGGGACCACAAACAUCAAGAUAAGAGAGCUUCCAUGGAAAGACAAGGAUUCAGUCCUCAUUGAUGAAAGGCUGAAGAAAAAUGGAAGAGGGUUCGGUAUCAAAGACUUUUAAGUUUGGCAACUUGGGACAUGACAAGGCAGCUUCUGUGGGGAUUAAAGCAUUUUAACGAUGUCGUCCUCAGAUGGAUAAAGACAAAGACUGAAAGGAGCUUUCUGCAAGUUAAGCUCUUCCCUGUGUUUUGGACGGAGCUCAUGGUCAUCAUGACCGCUUCCCAGGAUGCUGCUCAAAGUGAACAGGUCACAGAACAAACUGUCCGUAUUGUCAGAAACUUGUUUACCGUGAAGGACAGUUUUACUGACAGUGUGUCAGUAAAACUUCACAUUGUAAACUCAUUUGUGUCUCAGUUUUCUUGAGGCUGAAAAAUCACUCUCAAUACGUCAUGACAAAAGUGAAUUUAACAUGUCAUAAAACUGACAAGACAAUUUAAUGGAAAAACUGUUUUUUUCUAAUGUUCUGCCGAAUAACAGAGUCUCAUUAUACCCCAUACCUGUUACAGUUUCCUCAACUUUUUUGCAACUCAAAGAUACUCAAAAGAUUAUUUUCUCAUUCAAGUUGAGAACAAUGGCAGAUUUCAACUUUGGUGUUUAAAAAAAUAAAUGAAAUGCAAGUCUCUGUCCUCUGUGUUGCAGACUUAUUAUGAAAGUAGUCAGAGCUGAAACAGGAAAUGACCCUAAAACACAGAGACAAAUGCUGCAUUUGACAGCCGGAAGGGAAACCUUAUGUAACAAAACAGAGGACAAAUUCCUGAUAUUUAUGGAAGUUGAUGGCUGCCAAUAAAAGGAUGCAAAAAUUAAUUAAUUAAUUAAGGUUUUUUUGCAUUUUAUGCAAAAAUUAAAAUUUUAUUUUUACAUAUGAAUAUAUAGAAUUGCUGCCAAAAGAAAAUUAGAAAUUAUUUACAUCUUAAAAAUUGUGUAUAAUAUGUAGCCUGUAUGUUAAUAUGAAAAUUAUGCUCUUUUAGAUCAUUUCUAAGGAAAAUAUAAAUUAUCAGGAUACUUUAUAGUUUCAGAACUUGCUGGAGAGUCAUCACAUUUUUAAGCUUUCUUAAGUAACAGUUAAGUAAUUCAGAGAUAUUUGUCCGUUCAUGGCAUUUGAAUUGCAAACAGGAUAUGUUUUUAGUUAAAUAGGCAUAGUUUUAAUGGUGCUAAUUUUCCAAAAUUUUCAAAACUGAGAGUAAUUUAUCAUUUCAAUAUUGGCAGCCAUAGACUUCCAUACUAGUAUCUGGUAUGAACAUUAAUGUUUCGCUUAAGUUACAGGAGCUGCAGUAAGGCUUGUUUUAAACCUCCAAAUUCAUCACCAGUCUUCAAAACACAACAGACUUGUGAAUCUAUGUCUUUCGUUUACGAGUCCUACAUUGCCUGUAAUUGUGACAACGUAAACUUUUCCACUAUAGCUCAGCCCAAAGAAUCCAAACUCAAGGUGUGAAAGCACUUUAAAUGGCUUGCAGUCUGAGGAGUAUUUCAUUUCCAUUGUUUCUUCAAAGGAAUUGUUAGUGUCUGUGGAGUUAAUGUUGCUCCUGAGGCCUUUUCCUCCCAAAAAGAAGGAAUUUCUGGGCAAGUCACAGCUUUUUGGUACUAAGACAUGUUGAGCUUGCAAGAAAUAAAGUAUCCCGAAAGUCCAAAGUUUA